CGCUUUUAUUUUGAAACGACUGGCGCUAAAACCGGAAACGCUCUCCUGUCAAAGUUAAUCUGACUCAUACCUGCUGUGUGACAACACGACGACACUAUCACACACUAAUCACUGUGUGUCAGAGCUGUAACCGACAGUAAUUACCCGCCAUAAACACAGAUAAUGUGGAAGUUAAUGUAGGCUGCAGUGUAACGUACUGUAACGUAACCUUCACGCUCACCUGGAGCCCCGCAGCCCCGCAGCCCCGGAGCAGAGCGGCGGUCGGACCGGUGACGGAUCAUCCCCCCGGGGACGGACAGACAGACUGAGUCAAGAUGUGGAGCUGCAGCCUGUGGGCUCUGCUGCCUCCACUUUACUCCGCCUUCACUGCUGCUGGACUCUGGGUGGUGUACUUUGUGGCUCUCAGUGAAGGGAGGAUUGUUCCCCUGGGUGCUAAAUACAAGAGAGGAAAUGGAUCCCAGUAUCCCCCCUUCAUCAGCAUCGCGGGGAACUUCCCACCAGCCAGCUGCAUCUUCAGCGAGGUCAUGAACUUGUCUGCGUUCGUAGGGUUCAUUUUGGCCGUCCUCAGAUACCUCCAGGUGAAAAACAAGAUGGACAAACAGUGGCUGAACGUCGGCUGUCUGGUGGUGUUCUGUGUCGCCUGCUUUGGGAUGACGCUCAUAGGAAACUUCCAGGUGUUCACCGAGGAGAUGAUCCAUAACUUUGGCACGUUCGUGACCUUUGGACUGGGAGCUGCGUUCUGCUGGGUGCAGUCUUACAUCACUCUGAGAGUUAAUCUACACAAUGAGGGGAAGAAGGUUGCCAUCGUCCGCUUCCUGUUGUCUGGGUUCAUCACCGUCUGCGUGGUACUCUACUUCUCCCUGUUGGGUCUGCGCCUCUACAUGCCGGCAGCUCAGAGCCAGUGGGCGCUGGUCAUGCUCUUCCUCGCCUUCCUCGGCACCUUCGCCAUCGAGUUUCGUCACAGCCACUUUGAAAUCACGUGCACAGACGGCUCCAGGCGUCCGGUGAGCCAGUUAGACACUCUCUGAAGCAUCCCGGUACCAGCCGGACCAGCUGUAGGGACGUUAGACUUUUUUGGAGGACUAUGUGAGAUCAGUAUCAGUAAAAAUAUAUUUAAAAAAUUGCCUUUUUAGUCCUCUGAUUUUUGCAUCUUUUAGUAUUGAGGGUGAAAACUAUCUAGAGUGAUUGUAUGGUGGAUUAUUCAGAGUAACUUGAACACUGAUUUUGGAAAGAUGAAGCUGAAUCCAGCUGUUGCUGAGCGUAAAGACUUGAAAGCGGGGAACAGUUAGUCCUGCUUCUGGGGGUCAUUAAACUGUGCAUUUAAUACUGUAUUAUUUAAGGAACAGUGUGUCAGAUUUAGGGGGAUUAAGUGGCGUCUAGUGGUGAGUAUUGCAGAUUGGGUCUCUUCCUCUCCAAACAAAUAGACAGGGGAUUUAAACCAGUAAAAAUAAAACAGUUCCAUUUGUUACCUUCCAUAUCUACACUGCUCGUCGCAGAUCGGCUGCUAACUCCGCUGGCGAAAACACAAAUGUCCUAUCUAGAGCCAGGCAGCGCUUCUCAAAGUCAAAGAUGCUUCCUUUGUAGGACGGGUCCUUCCAGGUCGGGUCCUACAGAGGCUGGGCAUCACUCCUCACAUUGGAACAGGCUAGCAAAGGCCCAGGUGUGCGUCACUGAGGAGGCCUUGCCUUCAAUUCUGGCAAAUCACGAGCAAAGAAUUGUGGGUACUUCAUGCCUGCUGAGGAUACACACAUGCACCCUUGAAGAUCCUCUGAAGGAAGGACUCUGCCCUCAAUAGAAUUCAAAGGAUCCUUGACAUUAACGGGAUUCAAUGACGUAGCUUCCUUGAACUUCGGUCGAUCCUUCCUUUUCUUUGAGAAGCACCAAGUGUUUGGUUUGUCCGUUCUGGGCUACUGUAGAAACAUGGUGGUGCAACAUGGUGAUCUCCAUAAACAAGGUCCUGCUCCCUGUGUAGAUGUAACUGGAUCAUUCUAAGCUAACAAAAACACAAUGAUUCUUAUUUUCAGGUGAUUAUAAACUAAAGAAAACGUACUUUUUGUUUUCCAUGUCUGCAUAUAUAUCCCUCUAAAUCCUGCACACUGGACCUUUAAGGCUGAGUGCGGUGCUUUUAGAUGUCCGUCAUGUUUAGGCUUUAACAGAUUCAGUGUUUCUCUGACAGCAUCAAGUAGUCAUUGUACUUUUAUCUCGACCUUUGUGUUACGAAAUAAAACAGAAAGCCU